GGUGGAACACAGCCCAGGGUUUUUUGACACCUUGGCUUUUGUGGGGUGUCUAAUUAUUUCACAAGUUGGCAGUGCCGAGUCGAAAAUUUCCAGUUUAUCUUAUUUUCAAACUGAAAUUCGUCCCCGUCUAAUUCAUCAGUCCAAUAUGUCGAUGAUAAAGUUUCUGCGAUCCUCCACCCACAACGCACUUCGGCCCAGCCUAGGAUGGUACCGCCAUGCUGCCUCAAGACCACGCUACGACUACGACUUGGUUGUGCUCGGUGGGGGAUCGGCGGGAUUGGCGUGCGCUAAGGAGGCGGCUGGCUGCGGAGCCCGCGUGCUCUGCUUCGACUACGUCAAGCCCACUCCAGUGGGUACCAAGUGGGGCAUCGGCGGCACCUGCGUGAACGUGGGCUGCAUCCCCAAGAAGCUGAUGCACCAGGCCUCGCUGCUGGGCGAAGCUGUCCACGAGGCGGUGGCCUACGGCUGGAAUGUAGACGACCAGAACCUACGUCCCGACUGGCGCAAGCUGGUGCGCUCCGUGCAGAACCACAUCAAGUCCGUGAACUGGGUAACCCGCGUGGACCUGCGCGACAAGAAGGUGGAGUAUGUAAACUCGAUGUGUUCUUUUCGCGACAGCCACACCAUCGAAUACGUGGCAAUGCCGGGUGCCGAAAACCGCCAGGUGACCUCAGAGUACGUGGUGGUGGCCGUGGGCGGAAGGCCACGCUACCCGGACAUUCCCGGAGCCGUUGAACUGGGCAUCACGAGCGACGAUAUAUUCAGCUACGAGCGAGAGCCGGGUCGCACCCUUGUGGUGGGCGCCGGAUACGUGGGUCUGGAGUGCGCCUGCUUCCUCAAGGGACUUGGCUACGAGCCUACUGUCAUGGUGCGCUCCAUUGUGCUGCGCGGCUUUGAUCGCCAGAUGUCCGAGCUGCUGGCCGCUAUGAUGACUGAGCGAGGCAUCCCAUUCCUGGGCACCACAAUCCCCAAGGCCGUGGAGAGGCAGGCGGAUGGGCGGCUCCUGGUCCGGUACCACAACACAACCACCCAAAAGGACGGCAGCGACGUCUUUGACACUGUGCUGUGGGCCAUCGGACGCAAAGGCCUAAUUGAGGACCUCAACCUGGAGGCCGCUGGAGUGAAGACUCAUGACGACAAGAUCGUGGUGGACGGUGCGGAGGCCACCAGCGUGCCUCAUAUAUUUGCUGUUGGGGACAUCAUAUAUGGUCGACCCGAGCUAACGCCGGUGGCCAUCCUGUCGGGGCGCCUGCUUGCCAGGCGUCUUUUUGCCGGAUCCACACAGUUGAUGGACUAUGCCGACGUGGCAACCACAGUUUUUACUCCGCUCGAAUACAGCUGUGUCGGCAUGUCGGAGGAAACGGCGAUCGAACUGCGCGGAGCUGACAACAUCGAGGUAUUCCACGGCUACUACAAGCCCACCGAGUUUUUUAUUCCCCAGAAGAGCGUGCGCCAUUGCUACCUCAAGGCCGUAGCCGAGGUAUCCGGGGACCAGAAGAUCCUAGGCCUACACUACAUCGGUCCAGUCGCCGGCGAGGUCAUCCAAGGCUUCGCCGCAGCCCUUAAGUCUGGCUUGACCGUUAAAACCCUGCUAAAUACGGUGGGAAUCCACCCCACCACCGCCGAAGAGUUUACCAGGCUGUCAAUUACCAAGCGAUCUGGUCGGGAUCCUACUCCAGCCUCCUGCUGCAGUUAGUUCUGUGUCUGGGUAAUAAGUGUCCUCUGGUGAGAAAUAAAGCAGAUUUCUCCCACAUAAA